AUGUCUUCCUCCCGAAAGUCUCGCAUAACAAAUGCCUCCAAUGUCAUGUACACCAAUGCCGUGUAUUGGCCGAACAAUAGGCUUUACAAAGGAGACACCCCCGGCGCCCUGAACUACGGAUGCAUCAACAGAGUCUACUAUGCUUUCGCCAACGUGACAGCCGACGGAGGAGUUUUUCUCAGUGACGAGUGGGCAGAUGCUCGAGCACCUUGCGAUGGUGUUCAGGGUGCUCUGGGAUCGUUGAUGCAUCUGAAACAAAGAUAUCCGCACUUACAAGUGAUUUUGUCUAUUGGCGGAGGAGCUUCAGCUGAGACAUUUCCCAUUGUGGCGUCAAGCACUAUACUCCGUGACAACUUUGCCCGCUCGGCCCGAGGGCUGGUGGAAGCAUCAGGCCUUGACGGCAUUGACAUUGUCUGGGAAUAUCCUUGCAAUCCGCAGCAAGGCAAUGACUUCCUCGCCCUCAUGGCAGCAAUUCGACUCCAUCUACCCGAGGACCAUUAUCUGCUCACCGCUGCCCUGCCUGCAGCCCGAGCUGUCCUUCAGAACAUCGACCAUGGGCGAGCGUCCGAGUACCUUGAUGCAAUCAACCUCGUUGCCUACGACUUCUUCGGUACAUGGACUCCCAAAGGUGGCCACCAUGCCCAGCUGUAUUCGAUGAGCAAGGAUGAAGAAUCAGGGGCGUCCGGUGUCCAGUUUCUGAUGGCUUCGGGAGUUCCUGCGAACAAGAUCCUUCUGGGCAUUCCAUGCUUUGGGCGAAGCUUUCUCAACGUCACAGGCCCGGGGCACAAGAAUAGGGGUGCUGGGGGUGAAGAUGGAUCCUUUGACUACAGUCAGCUUCCCAGGAAAGGCACCAAAGAGCAGGUGGACAAGCGUGCCGUGGCAGCACAAUGUGUUGGUGGUGAUGGCGGGUUCGUUACCUACGACAAUCCGGACACGGUGAAGAUCAAAGCUACAUUUUGCAAGCAGAAAGGUCUCGGAGGACUCUUCUACUGGAGCGCACCCUCGGACUCCAAAGACAGCAAGAGGAGCUUGAUCACAGCCGGGUUUAGGACGCUUCACAGUUCUUGA